AUACUUAAACAUUAAUACUUUGGUAAAACAUUAGUUUUAUUUUUGAUAUAAAAGUAUUCUUCAAAGCAUUCAUCGUAUUUUAUUACAGUACCCAGUUGUUUUUAUCUAAAACAACGCGAGGUUCCAUGUGAUUACCUAUUUUUGCAUCCUUUAUCAUGCAAUGUACUAAAGAAUCUAUCAGCUACUUACAAGAAGUAGUAUUACACAUUUGUACGGACUAUAAAUCAUAAUUUAAUCGCUCAAGAUUUAUUCAGGCAUUGAAUUUUAUGAACGUCAAAGAUUGGUCUCUCGAUGUUUAUCGAAAUACCUAUUGUACUAUAAGGCCAGAGGAGUCUGCGCCGGUUUUCGCAGUUGCGCAGCGCACCUCUGCAAGGGAGUGAUAUAAAAUCACUAAGUUUCCUCCUCCCCCGGCGCAAUCGAGUGUGCGUUGCCGGCGAUAUUGCGCGUUGUGGCUGCGUCGUGUACUCGUGUGGUACCAUCCGGCUUCACGUAUAAUUUCGUAUCGAUAUUAAAACCAAUUGUUACGGGGAUAUUUAAAAAAUAACAAGAUGCUUCGUCGAAUUAUUAACGCGCAGGGUACACGUACAGCAGCCAGUACACAUUUUUAUCCUGCUGCAUUAAAAGAUGCUGUGAAUUUAUCGUCAGCAUGUGGUUCAAGAGGUUCCAAAAUCCAGGAGCCUGCUGGUCCCAAAGUGGUAACGGCUGUUCCUGGACCGAAAACAAAGGCACUUUUAAAAGAAUUAAACGAAAUUCAGCAAGCUAAUUCCGUGUCUAUAUUUUCCGACUUCGAUAAAAGUAUCGGAAAUUAUUUUGUGGAUGCUGACGGCAAUACAUUUUUGGACACGUACAUGCAAAUUUCAUCUAUUCCUCUUGGAUACAACCAUCCAGAUCUUUUAUCAGUCUUUGAAGAUAAGCAUAAUCUUAGAGUGUUGGUGAACCGGCCAGCACUUGGUGUUUAUCCAGGAAAGGAUUGGCCGCAGAAGAUGAGAGAUGUGUUAUUAGCAGUAGCACCUCCAGGAUUAGAUAUGGUUUCGACAAUGAUGUGUGGAGCGUGCUCCAAUGAAAAUGCUUAUAAAUCUGCCUUCAUUUUGUAUCAAACGAAAAAACGCUGUGGUAAAUUAGAGUUUACCGAAGAAGAAGUAAAAUCAGUUGCCAUCAAUAUGCCACCUGGAGCACCGCAUCUGGCAGUUCUGUCCUUCAAUGGUGCUUUCCAUGGCCGUACUUUGGCGUCGCUAGCUACAACGAGGUCGAAAGCUAUUCAGAAGUUAGAUUUCCCAUCUUUUGAUUGGCCUGUCGCUCCUUUCCCGCACUACAAAUAUCCGCUGGACCAGUUCUGCAAUGAAAACAAGAAAGAGGACGAAAGAUGCCUGGCUAUAGUUUGCGAGCUCAUUGAAAAGUGGGAGAAGAAGCAACAUCCCGUGGCAGCUGUCGUAAUAGAGCCCAUUCAAUCUGAGGGAGGCGAUAAUGAGGCUUCAUCAGAAUUCUUUCAAAAACUACAAGAAAUUUGCAUUGCAAAAGGGAUCAGUUUAAUCAUGGAUGAAGUUCAAACCGGAGGUGGGCCAACGGGUAAGAUGUGGUGCCAUGAAUAUUUCGACCUGCCCACUCCACCAGAUAUGGUCACAUUUAGUAAGAAGAUGAUGACUGGAGGGUACUAUUUCAAACGGGAAUUAAGGCCUCCUCAACCCUUCAGGAUUUUCAACACAUGGAUGGGUGAUCCGUCUAAGAUUGUAUUGUUGGAAAGGGUACUUGAAGUCAUGAAAAGGGAUAACCUCUUAAACUUGGUGCUGGAAACGGGACAGCACUUCAAGUGUGGCCUUCAUCAAGUUGAGAAGGAAUUUCCCAAUAUGAUACACAGCGUGCGAGGUCGCGGUACCUUGUUAGCGUUUACGGCUUGCUCGCCUCAACUGAGGGACAAGAUCAUCGUGAAUCUCAAGAAAUGUGGUGUAAUGGGUGGCGCUUGUGGACCAGCAGCGGUUCGUCUCCGACCUGCUUUGAUUUUCGAAAAGAAGCACGCUGACAUCUACUUGGACAUACUGAGGACAGUACUGAAGUCUCUGAAGUAGAUCCUACUGGAACUCCCAGAAAGAUACUUUCGAUUGCAUUUCAACGUUAACUGUGCUGUAGUUACGUAGUUUCUAAAAAUGGUAUGAUGUAUAAUGUGCCAUAAUAUCUUUCUCUUAGUUCCUAGGUAUUUUACUAAAUGUUUUAGAUACACGUUGAGGUUUACUGCGACUUAAAGGUGUUUGAUACGAUAUUUAUCUGAUUUUAUGGACGCUAAAACACAUGAAGUAAUUUUAUAACACAAAGAAGAUUUAGAAUUCUUGAAUUCGGUAACACGGUUUGAGUCGAUAAGAGAGUAGAGAGACUGUGGGAAUCAUAAGUUUUGACUUGUGACAUUCGAAGGGUUGAAAAUGGAAGAUAAGUGGUGUGGUAGGAGGUAGGAUCUUCCUGUUAAUAAAUGCUUUAUCGGGGUUAACGUCGAUAAAGAAGAUCAAUUAUGGUUAACAAAAUGUUGCAUAAAUGGUCGCUACGACUGUGUUUGUUACUACUAUCGUUCAGUAUAUGAGAAAAUUUUGCUGUUCAUUACAGUAUAAUGGUGGAAAUUUACGUAAUAAAAGAAAUCCCACGUUUAGUAAAGGUCACAAACGAUCUUGUUCGGGAAAUUGUUGGCUGUUUAAGUAUUUUUUUAAUACAAAAGCCAAAAUUUAAUACGAAAUAAAACUUUAGUUUUAGAAAGCCUAAAAGUCGUAGUUCGUGUUUAAAGGGUUUUAGAGCGACAUGCAAUCAGAAAUAUAUCCCACCUCGGUACUACCUAUGCAUUUCGUAGAUGUGUAUGUUGAAUGUUUCUAUAUUUAUAGUAUUAAGAAAUAUGCCUGAAUAAUGUCUUCCAAAUAUACUAUGUCUAUUCUA